UCACAGGAAGAGACGUGUGUGGUUCGAACUAAGGUGAGAAAACUGACAAAACACUAAACUAUGACAGCUCUCAGUCUACAGAAGACUAAUGUACCUCCAGGACAAGACCCAAACAUCGACACUCAGGUAAAAACACCUAAAAUAAUACAACUCUCCUCUUACUUUUGUUCAGUAGUGGAUGAAAUACUCAAUUUUGUGAAAUUGAAAGUACAGAUACCACGGCAAAAGAUUACUCAAGUAUUGCAUGGAAAAGUAUUUUUAAGUAAACGUACUUGUUCAAAAAUGUACUUAAAGAGUAAAAAGUUGAGUUUUAGAACAAUUAAAGGAUGAAAUGUAGUGAUUUUGAUCGUGAGUUUAGCGGAUUUUAAGAGAUUCAAUUGAUUUGCUAAUUUUUCUGUUUUUGUGUGUUUGAUUUGCUCAAAGUUGGGACGUUAACUCAAAUUAAAAGUGCUAAAAAAUUAGUCUCGGCCUUUUCAGCAGGUCUCAAACCAUAAGGAAAAGUACUUUUUACUUUUCAGUCCAGGCACAGAUAAAAGACCUGAAGGGACUCAGUGCAAUAAUCUAUUUAUUUUAUUUAAUGAAUGUUUUUUUUAUUGGUAUGGAUGUGAGGAUGUGUGUAUAUAUUGUAAAUUUUUACUGCUACAGAUCUGCUCUGCUGAAGUUUCGUUGUAUUUCAUACAAUGACAAUAAAUAAAUCUAUCUAUCUAAAACGUAGUGGAGUAGAAAGUACAGACACAUGCUCCCAAAUGUAGUGAAGUGAAAGUAAAUGACACCUAAAAAUUGUACUUCUGCAUUGUAUUUUUACUUUUGUAUUUGAUUAUCUUCCACCACAGCUUGUGUUCAAACUGAUGACUGCAGAAAGUGUUUGGAAGAAAAGUGAACCUUAAAAAAACACAGUGAUACUUAGAUUUAAGCUUCAGUGUUUUAGUAUUUGAUCUUCUCAGAGUAAAACAUGAUGAGUUCUAAGUUCCAUCUGAAAAUAUAUGAAUAAUUCCUCUAUUUAGUCUCUCUUUCUCUCAGAACUUUCCGCCUCUUUUCACUUCCGUUAUAUCUCAACUUCUGUAUGUUUAUUACCAAGUGACAGACUUGUGCCCACAUGUGUUAAAUUAAGACAGACAAGACAGACACUCAAGACUCCAGUCCGUCCGGUGCUGCGUUUGUCUUUGCAGAUUCAGAAUGAGGAGCUUCUCUUCAACAGUUCUUCUCUUCAGUAUCAGUUUAUCGUGUGUCUUGGGCUCAGAGUCGAGGUCAGUUGAAGUUCAGUCUGGGCAAAGUGUCACUCUGUUGUGUUCUAACUACACCAGUAAUCCUUCUACAAUCUCCUGGUAUCGAGCUGUGAGGAGAUCCACACUCAGAAGGAUUUCAGGCAUAACCAGUUCUUCUGACGUUGUUUCAUCUCCAGACAAAAAAUUCACAGUGUCUUCCAACUCGUCUCACGUCUUCCUCAAGAUUAACUCAGUGAACUCUUCAGACACUGGGCUGUAUUUCUGUGGAUAUGAUUCAUCUUUAGGACUCGUUAUCAAAGAAUCAACUUAUUUGGACGUCAAAGAAGGAGUGAUGGACAAAAGUGUGCUGGUUCUGGUUCUGGUUCUGGUUCUGGGAGGUCUUGUGCUCUUUCUAAUUUUGGUGGUGAUCGGUUUGGCUCUAAAGAUCAAGAAGCUCCAAGCUCAUCACCAAGGACUGACUGAACAACCCGAGGCCGAGAACUCGGAAAAUCUCAACUACGCGGCCGUGAAUUUCACUCGCAAACCCAGGUCCACUCGAGAGAAAAGUCAAAAC